CGGGAAUGCACCCCAGAACACGGGUCCUGUCAAAGCCACCAGACGUCAAAGGCCAUGAUGAGGCCAUGAUGGGCCCAUCACAAAAGCAUCUUGGUUAAUUCGCCCUUUAACGAGCUUUGAGAUUGCGGUCAGCGGGUGCCAGGGUGGGCGCGUCAUGCCCCAGUACUCGCAUCCUGCACCGUGAGAAUGACCGUGCUAUCGACUGUGGCUUGUGUGCUCCUGACAAGUUUUCCAAUUCCAUGCCAGUUUCUGUCACGUCGCACCGCACGAGCACUUUACUAGUAUUUCCUGCCUCCUCACUUCCAUACCUCGUCGACCACGAACUGUUUCACUAUUCCUGCAGGUCUCACAACCCUCGCCUCUUCAGUCGCUAAAUGUACCGACCAUGUCAUGGAAGCUUUAAUCUACGAUGAGUCCCCUAUAGCCGAAUAUCUAGAGGCAGACGCCAUUCCUUUCGAAACCGCCGAUCUUCCUUCCACGCCGCCACGAACAUUUGCUCCCCGAGGGCUUCCAAAACUCCGCGAACGAUUACGAGCAUAUCGUCAAACUGCUGCCUCCGUCACCGACGUCGCAAACGAGAAAUUUCUCGAGCGUUUUCGCUACACUAUCGUCGCAUCGCAGUUACUCCAGGAUGACCCCAAGCCUAGGAGGCAUCUUCAGGAUGAGGAACAAGCAUUUCAGACGAACACCUUCUCGACCAGAGGUGCUCUUAUGACGGCAGUGGUUUCCUUUUCAGUAGCAUGGUUUCUACACAUUUUACGACGGCGGUAUGAGACUCAAAAAGGGUUGGGAAUUAAUGAAAUAUGCAUCUACAUGCUCUUAAUUUUCGGGGGGUGCGUCCUUUUGAUCUACUUUGCGCGACGGCAAUAUCUAGAAUUCAUUCGGCGCUCUGCAGGCUCGACACUGGGGAAGGUUAUUGCCGAGUCACAUAAUCUCGACACGGUCACGACGGCAGGACUGCGUUUUAUCCAAGAAGUUGAAGUGGUCUCACGAGGUUAUGAGUUCAGUCAACCUAUGCCGCCCGUCAGUCGACUGGAAGAUCAAAGUGCAAACAGUCGCUGCAGAGAACUCCGAGCCAUAAUCGGAACGGCGUUGACGGCCAGCAUUAGUCAGUCUGUUGAAGCCCACAAUACCAUACAACCCUUCAUACGCGAACUCGAGUCACAGAGCUAUCACGAUAUCUAUGACGUCUCGAUGCAGGACUAUACUGAUGCUGUCACAUUUGCAAACAAUAUUGCCAUGGAAGCCCAGGAUUCCUUGAAAGAGCUGCGUUUCUUAUUCCGACUACACUUGAUGGCGAGAAAGGUUUUCUUUUGUGAUCUACUUGCGCUUCACUCGGGCUCCACAUGGUACAACAUUUGUCAGUGGAGGGGAACAUUGCAUCUACUGCAAGACUUUGAGGCUGCCACAUCUCGAGGGGCACGAGAUGUCCGGGCAGCUGUGGUACGAGAAGAAUUUGGUGGCAAUUCUGCAGCCACAACGGGCCAGGAGGCUGAUUACGUGGUGGAGACUAACCCGGAAUUAAUGACUCCACAGAGACGGCACACGAAGGCACAGAUGCGUCGAUUCGACGCUGUUGCUAACUCCAUCCGCUCUCUGAAUGCCAAGGUACAUCUAGUCAGAGAGGCGAUGAACAACUCGUCGACGAAUGAGGACGAUCCAGCUCUCAGCAUGACUAUUACUCGAGGCUAUGAGACUCUGGGUGCAGAAAUCCGCAAUGCCCUCAGCGAAUGGCAGAAGGGACGGAACACCAUGUUCCUUCAUAUUGAUGCCGACCCUGAUCGACGGUCUUCAAGAGCAUCCAGUGAUAUUCGAUCUCCUGCAUCACCAUCCCCCAGCAGUCUUGGUGGCCUGACCAUCGUCGACGGGGGUCCUGCGGAAGCGUUGAAAUUGCUGAGUGGCGACGAGCGAGCUUCUUCCGACGGAGGAGGAUUGGAUGAGGAGGUGUUCGAGGCAGUGGCUAUGCCACGAAAGAGGAUGUCUUGGACACCAAUGAGCCGCGAAGAAAAGCUCAGCAGACUGCAGCAGGAGCGGAUAAAGCGCGCAACCGUGCAAGAACAUGCAGAGAAUACGACCAACAUGCUGCGCGAGUUGCAGAUGGUCAUCAAACAUCGCCCCAACCAUGCCCGGCCAGAAACACGAGUUACCUCAAUAUGAGGUCCAAUCCAGUGGCAACAAGGGGCCCGCGGUCCUUCAUAGUGCGACCCUUGCACAUUUGAAUUUGAGAUAUAGGCAUCACAUUGGCCAAGACGAAGAGCGAUGUUCACGAAGCACACGGCUGAACUUCAGGUGCUAUUUUUGUUCUUUCUUACCUUGAAUUGAGCGUUACUCGGUUCUGGCGUCAAAGGCAUCUUCAGCGUGUGCAGCAAGCUUUCAGGCGUUCCCCAGGGCCGGUUUUACAUUUUUCAGAGCGAUCAUAUUAAUGGUUGAGUGUGUUGACUUUCUGUGAGGGUACUUCGGCCGACGGCAGAGCUCUCUGUGAGCCCGACAGAAUUGGCUCUUGUUUGAGCAGACUAUCUAUAUUGGGACUGGGUGUACGAAUCAAUGAUAACGAGAGUGAAGUCAGAGGUUGAUGCCGCGAAGCCGCGCCGACUGGGUUGGGUGUCGGCGAGUUGCGCUACGGUCUUAAGGCGAGAGUGGUCCGAACACGUUCGAAAUACGGAUAGGCGACCGCAAUACAUAUCGCAAUCCCUGACGAACAAUCAAAAGUCCAGAAGCCAUAACUCCCUGACAUUAGUAAUGUGAAUCUGCU